AUGCAGGUUUCAUCACCUUCAACAAGUGCGUCUAGGGGGCAAAGUCCUUGGCAUGACAAUCCUGUUUAUAUUAACAAGAAUACGCCAUCAAACCACAGAGCCUCUUUGGAAAAAGAUGGGAGUCUAGGGAAGAUUGACUUAAGGAAAAAUGUGCAAGGCACGCCAUGUCUACAAAAGUGGAUGGAAUGCAUGACUUGGUCAGGGAUCAAACAGCUGCAGUUGCGUUUGCAGCAAGAGAAAUCUAUGCACAAUAUGCUCGAGAGGGCAAUGGGCCGAGCAUCAAGUACUCUAUCACCUGGACAUUGGCAUUUCUCUGUCCAGGCAUCAAUGUCGUACCUUCAUGUUUCAGCUGAUAUAGUGUGGAAAUGA